AGCUGCACACUACCCUCCCCAAUACGAUCCGUUCUCGUCUUUCUUCGUCUCGACAGAAAAGUUCUCGCUCACACCACAGACUUGAGCUUGUCGAGACGUCCAGAAUGACGGCUGUAUCGACUUUGCCUUCUACCUUUACGCCUCCUGCGUCGUCGCAUGGCAAGAAAAACAGCGAAAGGGGCGAUUGGGAAUUCAGUGUGCCGAUAGAUGGUGGCGAUGAUGGCGAUGUCUUUCAAGGACCACACAGCCAUAACCUCUUCAACCACCGAAACUACACCACCGAAAAACCCCACGCUGGGUCAGCCACGAAGGGUGACUUCAACGGCUCGCACAUCAAUGGGUACAGUAAUUCUCCGAGCAGCGACUACGACGAUCGCACUGCAGGGCAGGCUGGAGACGACGGCAGGCAUUACAGCGACUACCUGGCUGCUCCACGAGCACCUUUACUUUCUGCAAAACACGACUCGGUAGUGUCGUCCAACCACGACGGAGAUUCCGUCUUUGACUUGUACGGUGGCAGGAUGUCGGUGGGUAGCGGCGUCAACGACGACUUUUCGGGCCCCACGUUGGUAUCGGAGGAAGAUUAUACCAACAGCCAUGCUCUGAAACAGUCCGAUCGGGUGGGCAAUGGUGGAGGAUCGGAAGCGUCAAAAUGGAUUCACAGGGACAAACUGGCUCAGAUCGAGGGAAACGAGGCUGACGACUACCUUUUCGAUAUCGGGCAGUCACGGUGGAUCCACAAGGACAAGCUUGAGAUGAUCGAGAUCGAAGAGCUGCAGCGGAAUGGUGGAUCACCCUCACAGGCAACCAGCACCCUGCCGGGAACCGACGACAAGGACCUCCAGCAACAUCGAGCUUCCUCCCACCUCGGUUCCGAUGACGACGACGAGAUCCACGGUCCCGAUUUCUAUGAGAUCAGGACGCCGGAGGAGCUAGCCGCCGAACAAUCACAGGAAAUCCACGAGCUACGGAAAGGCUUCCGCCGCAAUCCCUCGUAUUCUCGGAUACCGCUCGCAUCGAUGUCGCCCCACCCGAUCCCGCAGCAGUUCAUUGAGCGGACGACACCGCUGCCCCGCACAGCUGUGACACCUAAUGGCUCGGACGAUGGUCAUACGAUGGUUAUGCCUACGCUCCGAAAGCGUUCGUACUCUGCUGGAUCGAACAUGCUUCUGGACGACCGAGAAAACACACCGGUGGAACAAGGGACACCAACGCCAGCCAGCAAUCUGAAAUCACGAGCCGUCGCUUCGCCCACGCGAGCGAGUAAGACCGCCUCUCGUACGAACUCGAUGGCAGGAAAGCAACGCACUCGAUCGAACCCCCAGCUUAACCACCGACCAGGAACUUCCGCGUCAUAUCUAUCUCACGGUCCUCCUCCGGGUUCUUCACACAAGAAGCCGGAAGGACAGCCACCCUGGGCAUUGGCGAGCUACAAGCCAGACCCAAGUUUACCGCCCGACCAACAGAUCAUUCCAACCCUUGCCAAGCGGCUACAGCAGGAACAAUGGGAACGGGAUGGCGUGUAUGCUACUGUCUACGAUCGGGAAAUGCGGCCCCUGCAGGUGGGUGCCGCCCCGGGUGAGGCUGAGAAGCCGGUUGCUGCGCAGCUCGAACGUCCCGAAUCACCCAAGGAAGAAUGGCCUUUGAAGAGCUCGCCACCGACAGAGCCCUCCGAACCAGCAAAUCGGCACGAACAUAAGCCUAGUGUUGCGGAGGGUGGAUAUCGGACAAUUCCUAGUAUCCAGAAUCGCCCCGCACACGAAUCUGCGGCACCACCACCGGUAAUCAAACAGAUGCAACCCGUCGACGAAGACAACGAAAAGAAGAAGAAAUUCGGUUGCUGCAUCAUCAUGUAAUUGCUUCGUCCACAGAACUUACUGGCGGUGGCUAUGAUGGGUUCUACACCGUCAUCACCCCAGUUGCACCCCAGGCACUUGGUUUUCUUUCCAUCAUUGUAUAGAGCGGGAUUGUCUUGCAGAUUACACUGGCAUAUAUCCUUUUACCGCGGUGUCUUUUUUUUAUUUGUCCAUUUUCCGUUUCCCUUGAUUCUCAUUUUCUAGGAGUUCAUUCGGUCGAUCAACAGCUCUCUUCCGUACCAUAUCCUCAUCAGGCUGCCUGCAAACUCCGGACAGUCGCUUGUUACUACUACUAUUCUAACCAUCCUUUUUUGGCUACCACUCGAAAUUCCUUGCAUUCAUCCAUACAUUCGAUGGUCCCUUACACACUCUCUUGCUGUUUCCUUGUCAUGUAGUCAUUUCUUUGCCUG